GGGCACCCUUUAAACUCCCGGCUGCACGCGGCUACUGUUUGAAAACGCCCCGCGGUUCCCGCCCAGGUGGGGGGGGGGGGGGUUCGCUGAGCUCUCGCCCCCUGCCCGCCGGCUCCAGGUCCCGGAGGGCCCGCCAAGGCCCGCGGCUGUGUCCGGCCAGAAAGCCUCCCCCACCCCCUUGUUUGAGCCCCUGCCGGGGCGGGGGCGGGGGCCCGGCUUGCAGCGGAGCAGACAGUGCCCGGGCUUGGCAUCAACCAAUUGCAAUUAAAUCUUGAAACCGCCCCGCUGUCCCUGAGACCCCCCGUCCCCGCCCUGCGCGGAGGGGGCCCCACUGAGCUGCUUCUCCUUCAGAGGCGCCUGCGGCCGGGAGCGGGGCCCUGCCCACCCACACCUGGGAGCGCUGGGAGAGGAGGAGCCGGAGCCGGCGCUUUGCCCUGGUCGCUGUCGGCUGCGGGCUCGCUCGGCUCCGCCCCGGGCUCGCUGGAUCCUGGUGGGGGGCUGGGGCCCCCAGCGACGUGCACCUAGGGAGGGCUGGCGAGAGGCCCGGGCUGCCCGGCCAGGCACCCGGGCUGCGCGAUGGCCCCUGGCAGCGGAGACGCCGCAGCCGGGCGCUGAGUCCUGCAGGGAACCGUCACCUGCGCCCCGCGGGGAGGAAAGCAGCAGCCGGGUCGAUGGAGUAUCAGAGGAAGAAGAAACUGACCAACUUCACCAUUGGCCUCCUCUUCCUCUCGGGAGGGAUCGAGUACGCGGUGAUUCUGCCCACGAUCUGGGCCUACUUGCAGACGCUCCAUGCUGAGCCGUACUUCCUGGGCCUGGGCAUCUCUGCCUUCAGCCUCACCGGCCUGCUUGCGGGGCCCCUCUUCGGGCACUGGUCUGAUCGGAGCCAGCGCACCAAAGCCAUCAUCCUCUUUGCCAACGUGUUUGAGAUAAUGGGGAAUUUCAUGUACUUUAUGGGCAUCUCCAAGUGGCUCCUCCUGGGCAGCCGGCUGGUGGCAGGUGUUGGGACGGGAGCGGGUGCCUCCAUCUUUGGCUAUCUCACCCGCUCCACCACCUCACAGGAGCGCGCCAAGGUGUUUGCUGCAGUGAUGGCAUGCCGGCAGGUUGGGCUGCUGAUUGGACCCGCCUGUAACCUCUUCCUGCGGCUCUGUAACUUCCGGCUGGGGCCCUUUGAGGUCAACAAAUUCACCUCCCCGGGGCUCUUCAUGUGCCUGCUCUGGAUCCUGCUCCAGUUUGUCGUUGCGGUGAUGUACUACGACCUGCAGCCCGUGCCCCACCUGCCGCUGGCAGCGCAGCAGGAGGAGGAGCGGGAGCCCUUGGUGCAGCACGGCGCUGGCCAGGACGAGCCCGCUGAGCACCGGGGCUAUGGCGGCACUGGCCAGAGGACGCCCCCCGAGGGAGACGAGUCCCGCUACGUGCCCAACGGGCACCUGGCCGAGGAGGAGGGCAGAGUAAAGGAGAAGAGCCCGUUUCAGAACUUCAGCGCCAUGCGAGAGUACCUGCGGGAGGAAGUGGUGGUUCUGCUCACUGCCCAGUUCAUCACCCUGUUCAACCAAACGGCCCUGGAGACCAUGGUGACUCCCAUCACCCAGCGCUACCUGAGCUUCGGGGAGCUUGAGAACAGCAUCAUGUACUUCCUGUGCGGCAUCGAGGUGAUCUGCGGCUUCUUCCUGGUUCGUUGCCUCAGCAGCCGCCUCCCCGACCGCGUGGUCCUGGUGCUCGGGCUGGUCAUCUGCAACGUGGCUUGUGUCUGGUGCCUGCUCUUCCUGGCACGGCCCCAAGGAAGCUUUCCCAUCCUGCUGUCUGAGCUGGUGGUCGGCGUGUUCCUGCAGGUGCUGGGGCUGCCCUUCGUGGCUGUCUCCCAGGUCUCGCUCUUCUCCAAGGUCACAGCAGAGAGAACACAAGGGUUCAGCCAGGGCCUGCGGCGGUCAGUGGGGGGAGUCGCCACCAUUCUGGGGCCCCUGUGGGCUGGAGGCCUGACCGAAAACCUCUACAUCAUGCUGGGGGUGAUGAUGGGCCUGCUGAGCCUGCUGAUGGUCAUGGUCGGGCUCUCAUACUCUUACCUGGUGGAGCCGCCCCGGGGCUACGUGCCAGGACCGUCCCAGGAGGAGCGGCGCUCGUGACCUCCCGCCCCUCUGCCACACUCCCAGAGGCAUUGCAUGGUUCAAAGCCACCAAGGUGAGAGCGUCAGAGCCCCUGGGCUCGGGGUGCCUCCUCUGCCCCGGUGGCCAAACCGUCCUGGGUCAAGUGCACCAACCCGCCUGGAAGAGCCAGGGUGAGGCCAGCAGCUCCUGCUGGAGGGACAGUGCAGUCCUGCUGCUUGGCGCUGGGGGGUGCUCUGAGCUGUUUUACUGCCGGGGAAUCUGCACAGGAUGUUUUAUGAGGGAGACAUUUUACAGAGAGCGGUUUGACCCUCAGAGGUCUGCAGAGCCACGGCAAGGUACCAGGGAACCCGCAGAAGAGCAUUCGACCCUCCCAGCCUGGGCUCUCGUCAGUUUGUCCAGUAGGAAACAAACACCUUACCAGGGUUUCACACGUAAUGUAAAAAAUCUCUUGGUGGCAAAAAUAUGGGGGGAAACAAAGGAAAUUCCCCAAUAAAAAGUCAGUGUGAUGGUUUGA